GGCCGCGGUUGCCGGGGCGACACCGGCGGCGGCUGAGGGGUGAUUGGGACAGCUUUAUCAGCAAUGAGAAGUAGCAACAGCUCUUAGCAAUGGGUGAUGUUUUAGCAUAUGAAGCUGAGCUACUUGGACUAGUGAAAGAGUAUUUGGAUUUUGCUGGAUUUCAAGAAACAGUGAAAGUAUUUAAAAAGGAAUGUAAAAUAAAAGGGAAGCCACUAACUAAACCAGCAGAUACUUCCUCAGAAGGUUCAUUGCCUGUUCAGGAAGAAAUACUUCGAGCAUUUGAAGAUGGUGAUCAGAAAGUUUUCUUCCAGCUCUGGGAGGAGCAUAUUUUGUCUUUACUCCAUGAAAGUGAUCCAGUUGCUGAGAACCUGGAGUUCUAUCUCCACAUCUACUUUGCCACCUUCCUCUUGAAACAAACUAUGGGAAAGCCUGACAAAGCUGAGCUUGAGGAAAGGAUUUCUUAUUUCAAGGCAUACCUGGAAACAAAAGGAGCUGCACUGAGCCAGACUACAGAGUUUCUUCCCUUCUAUGCUUUGCCUUUUGUUCCAAACCCCAUGGUACAUCCUUCAUUUAAAGAAAUUUUCCAGGAUUCUUGGACAUUGGAUUUAAAGGCAAGAUUGGAAAAAUUUCUGUCUCUGACUCUCAAAUCCAGACAGACUCCUCGACUUCUCACUAUAUUUAAGGAGAGUGGACAGUGCAACAAAGAAAUGAUGCAACAUCUUCAUCAACAGUUAAUGAAGCGUGAGCAGAGGUACAUGACCAACCUGAAACGACUUCACAAAUUGCAGAUGGACUACCGUAAUCUCCUUGGAGUCACUGCAGAGCUGGUGGAUUCUCUGGAGGCCACAAUCACUGGCAAGAUGAUUACACCAGAGUAUCUUCAAAGUGUUUUUGCUUGCUUGUUUAGCAAUCAUUUGAAACAAACUGUAGCACACCAAAUUGACUUCUCAAGGCCUGGAACUGGAUAUUACUCUAUGAGCCCUUGUGAUGACGGAUAUGCUUCCACACUGUUAAGAGCAUCUUUAGCCUCUAUAAAGUUCCAGGAUGUGCCAUUGUUGCCCUCUUUGGAUUAUGAGAAGCUGAAGAAAGAUUUGAUUACAGGGAGUGAUCGUCUCAAGGCCCUCUUACUGCAGGCUCUGCGCUGGCGCUUGACAACAUCAUAUCCUGGAGAACAGAGAGACACCAUCAUGCAAGCCUACAUCAGUAAUGACCUCCUAGAUUGCCACAGCAACUGUCAGAGAAGUGUCCUCCAAUUAUUAUAUUCUAAGAGUGAGGUAGUCAGACAGUAUAUGGCAAGGCUCAUCAAUGCUUUUGCUUCACUGAUAGAAGGUCGUGCCUACCUUUCUCAGAACCCAACGUUGCUGCAAAUGCUGGAGGACAGACUGAAAGCUGAAGACAAGGAUUCUCUUACAUGGGAGAAUGUUCUGGGGGCUCUGCAGAAAUUCAGCCUCAGGCGUGCACUGCAGUCAGCAAUGAUCAAAGAUGGGCUGAUUUUCUGGCUGGUUGAUGUUCUAAUAGACCCAGAUUGUCUGUCUGAUUACAACCUGGAGUAUUGUGCUGCCUUGCUCAUGAAUCUUUGUCUGCGGAGUGCAGGGAAGAAAAUAUGUGCAAGUAUCCCAAACCACAUGCUCAGAGUUCUUUCUGGUCUUCUUGACCAUGAGAAUCCUAAGAUCCAGUCAUAUGUGAAUGGAGCACUGUACAGUAUUCUGGCCAUCCCUUCUGUCCGAGAAGAAGCCAAAGAAAUGGGAAUGGAAGAAAUUCUGCGCUGCUUUAUCAAGGAAAGAAAUGAAGAGAUGGUUCGACAGAUUGAAUUUGUUAUCAAGCAACUCAAUUCAGAUGAGCCAUUCAAUGAUAAUAUUGUGUCUGAUGAUGAUGAGGAAGAGGAGUAUGAGGAAGAGGACAGUGACAUCCUGGAGCCUGAUCUGGACAAAGAUGAGGUUUUGCUGCCUCAGAUGGGAGAGCUUUCAGGAGAGAAGCUGCUAACAACUGAGUACUUGGGAAUAAUGACUCACACUCCAAAAACCAAGAAGAAGCAAUUUGCUGGUAUCCAUCAGAGUAUAGAUGAGCCUCUCCAGAGACCUGUGACACCAGGUUAUCACAGAACUGCAUAUCUAAUGCCAGAAAAUGGUACCAGUUCUUGUCACAAUAGGGAUGAGAAGCUGCAGUCUCCACCAAGUGGUCCUUCUUCCAUUUGUGGUGGGAGCCAGUCCAGCAUUUCUGACUUCUGCAUUUCCCCCUCAUCAGUUGAAAUGAAGUCGUCUGAAGUAUUUGCAUCAGGCCAUAGAAUGGACCAACACAUCCCAUCUGGUGGCACCUUGUCUUCUCAAUCUGCUGACUUCACUGAGGACAAAGCAAAUGGUCAAUCACAUAGUGAGUUUGCCUUAGCCUUCACCAGCAAACCCAAGAUCCCUCGCACUCCUGACGGGCAGAGCACCAGCCCUAGAAAGGGAAAGGUCCCAGCCAUUGCCCCCCAGUUCUCUCAGUCUGAACCCCGACAAACAAGCCAUCCAAGCUCCUCAGGAUCAUCCACAAGGAGCAGACAGAGUUCAUCCUUGAAACAGGAGCUGGUGGGAUGCCCUGCCCCAGGAGCUGUGUUUAUGCCAGGCAUCAGAAGCCCCAGACCUGGCAGGGUUUGAGCCUUUAAAUGAUUAUCAGAGGUAAAGCUUUGGGCAGCCUUCACACCCCAGGCCUACAGUGCUCUCAUUCAGUGGGGUGUGCAUCUUUUUCCCACAUGGGGUGGGUAGGGGAUUAUUUGAGCCAAAACCCUACACAGCAGCGUGGAAUGAUCUGGGAAGUCCUGUGCUUGUGGCCCUACAGCUUUCCUGCACGGAAGCAGCUGUCAGAGAGGCGGGACGCUGGGAGCAGGGCUGGCACAGCUCCCUGGCCCAGGCUGCCAGAGCCCUCCUUACCCUGCAGCAGUGCCACUUCCCUCCGGAGCAGCACAGCCCUCAGGCUGCACCACGACGUGGCCCCGGGAGACUGUCACACACCCACAGCUGCUGGGUGCCCUGGAACAGCAGCAGUCAUCCCAGGCUGUGGUUUGGGAUUUACUGCAGCUCCCCACGAGUGGAUGCUGCCAUUCCUGUCCCCAUCAUGGUCCCAGAGCAAAUUGCAAGGAUUAAAUGGUUGUUGCGCUCUCAGGGCUUUCCCGGUCACAUCCCUUUGUGCUUUUUUGUGCAAGGGCCAUUCUCCAGUGGGGUCCUCCUUCACUGUGAGCCCCUCUUUGCAGAGUGGGGUGAAUUUCCAGCCAUGGGCUGGCAUGCACCUACAAUCUCUUGUGCUGCAGGGAUGAGGUGGGUCCUUCUUACAGCCUGUUCUGGUCAAGCUGAUGCUCAGUAAAUCUCAUGGCCAUGAUUUUCUUGGGGCUAUGAGUACAGCAAAUAUAAGCUUUUCUUUAGGCACUGGGAACAGGCUGAAAAGGAAUCAGGGAAGGUAUGUAUGGACUUUUGGUGAUGAUAAGGACAUGGGAUGCUGUAAAGCUGGUGCAGCCCGUUUGGGCAAUGUUUCCUGGGGAGCUUUCACUGCAGAGCACCUGGGAAAGUGAUAAGCUGAGAUAAGGAGAGAAACAUCUGGAGAAAGCAGUGCAAUCUUCCUCCCCAAACUGAGCUGGGUGUGGAGUUUUCUUGAUGCUCAUUGAGUAGAAGAGGUUAUGUGGGUCCUUCUGUAUGUCCAGGCAAGAGGAGCCUUUCCCAUGAGAAGCUCAGUGUAUCUAGGGGAUUGUAAGAGUUGUAGGACACCCUGAUCCUCAUCACUCAUGAAAAAUGCAGAGGAACUGUUCAGAAAGGGACAGAGAUAUCUCUGCUGGACAGGAAAGGAAAUACUGCAAAUUUCCUGCAGGCUUCCCAGCCUGGCUUCAUGGUGGACAUGAGCAGCUGGUGGGAUUGGGAGGGUGACAAAAGAGGGAGAUAUCAGAAAUUACAGGGACUGAUUUUUAUGGCUGAAAAACUCCUGCAACUGAAAUGUUACAUUAAAAAGGAAGGGAAGGUCUUUAAUCUGCUUUUUAAUGGGCAAUGGGAUGUCCCAUGCUGAUAUGGCUGUAGCAGAAAUGCAAGUGAAACUGCAUCUGAACCAGGGCUGAAGGAACACUUUGGAAGGACACCUUACCUGCCUCUGAUGCUAUUGGAAAUUUGACUCAUGAGAGGUCUCAGCAAGCCGAGCAGGCACCUCCUUGCUGCAGCAACUCCCUGCACCCCCAGGUGAGCUGUGGGUCCCAGAAAAUGUGUGAGUCCUGGACAGUGUGGAUGCCUGGUGAGACUAGCGUCCUAGGCAGAGUAUCGGUCCUUGACAAGGUGUGGACUCUGGGUGAGAUGUGGGUCGUGGGGGAAGGAUGGGUGCCAGUAGAGGUGGGGAUCUCAGGAGGCGCAUUAAAGACUCUGGAGCAGAGCUAACGCACCCCAAGAGAGGGCACAGUACACAAGGAGCUGGAGUAGAACACCCCCGAGUUCCAGAUUCUAGCGAGUGUCCCAUCAGCAGCAGGGGAGGGUGGGUGUCACCUUUAAUCUCCUUGCCCUCGGAGCACGGGGGAGGUGUGCGUCUGUGUGUGUGUAUGUCUGCUGGGGAGGGCGGCCGGGCGGGGGGGACGGGACCGAGGGGCAGGGCAAGAGUUAACCUACCUGCUCUGACAUCCAUCUCUAGGCUCCACCUCGGGGAGAGAGGGGAGGGAAAAGAGAAAAAGUAGGGA